CAGCUGCAGCAAUGGCUGAGGCGAUGAAACUGCAGAAGAUGAAGCUUAUGGCUAUGAACACUCUUCAGGGAAAUGGAAGCCAAAAUGGGACUGAAUCAGAGCCUGAUGAUCUUAAUUCUAACACAGGUGGAAGUGAAUCCUCCUGGGAUAAGGAUAAGAUGCAGUCUCCAUUUGCGGCACCUGGACCCCAACAUGGAAUUGCUCAUGCAGCCCUAGCUGGCCAGCCAGGCGUUGGGGGUGCUCCAACCCUCAAUCCACUGCAGCAGAACCACCUGCUAACCAAUAGACUGGAUCUGCCAUUUAUGAUGAUGCCUCAUCCCCUACUUCCAGUCAGCUUACCUCCUGCAUCAGUUGCCAUGGCAAUGAAUCAGAUGAACCAUCUCAAUACUAUUGCCAACAUGGCUGCUGCAGCACAGAUUCACAGUCCACUCUCCAGAGCUGGUACCUCUGUUAUAAAGGAGCGGAUCCCAGAGAGUCCUUCUCCUGCUCCUUGUCUGGAAGAGAAUCAUCGUCCUGGGAGCCAGACCUCUUCCCACUCCAGCAGCAGUGUGUCCAGUUCUCCCUCUCAGAUGGAUCAUCACUUGGAAAGAAUGGAAGAGGUACCAGUACAAAUUCCAAUAAUGAAGUCACCCUUGGACAAGAUACAGCUGACUCCUGGGCAGGCAUUGCCCGCUGGAUUCCCUGGACCAUUCAUUUUUGCUGAUAGUCUGUCCUCCGUCGAGACUCUGUUGACCAACAUUCAGGGUCUACUGAAAGUGGCUUUGGAUAAUGCUCGCAUCCAGGAGAAGCAGAUUCAACAAGAAAAGAAGGAACUACGACUGGAGCUUUAUAGAGAGAGAGAAAUUAGAGAAAACCUUGAAAGACAACUUGCAGUUGAGCUUCAAAGCAGAACUACCAUGCAAAAGCGCCUGAAAAAGGAGAAAAAAACCAAGAGAAAAUUGCAGGAAGCCUUGGAAUUUGAAUCAAAGCGCCGAGAGCAAGUGGAGCAGGCACUUAAGCAAGCCACCACUAGUGACAGUGGCCUGAGGAUGUUAAAAGAUACUGGAAUUCCAGAUAUUGAAAUAGAAAACAAUGGGACUCCUCAUGACAGUGCUGCUAUGCAAGCCUGAACACUGAUGCCGGAACUCCAACUGAUCAUAGGCACGAAUAGGGAGGUAACUAUUACUGUUUAGAAAUGGCACAACAGUUUUAUUCAGCCUGAAAUGUCCUCGCUGGCUUUACAUAAAUGAAGAUGCUUGUGAUUCCAGUUUAUCUCUGAAACUAUUCAACAUGGAGUUAUUUCAAUUUUGUUUAUCAGCAAAACUUUGUUUACUGAAGGAGCUAUUUAAUCUAUGUUACAUUAAAAAAGAAAGAAACACGUGUACAUUUUAAAAGCAAUGAUGUAAACUUUGUCCUUGCAUUAAAUUGACCAGUUUAAAAAUAUGAGCUAAAUCCUAAUGGCUAAAGUAACUUGACCAUAUUUGAUGCUUUUCUAUGCUCAUUUCAACUUGGCUUUUUGUCUUUUAAAUUAAAAAAAAAUGCAGUAGUGUGUUAGAGACUAGAAACUUAUAUGUAUGGUUUCCCUGUUCUACUAUACAUAACCUUAAAGUACACCUUCUUUGUUAAAAAUGUACUUGCUAAACUUCAGCAUAAAUAAAAACAUUUUGACUUUG